AGUAUCGUUUAGGAAAAUAACGUUUGUUUUAACUUAUCGCUCUGAAGUUUGUUACUCGCGAGAAAAACUGUAUGCGUGUGUAUGAGAGAGAGAGAGAGAAAGAGAGAAAGAAUAAAAACGUACGGCAUGGCAAAGAUAGUCGUUGUCGGUUCGUGCAUGAUUGACUUUACCUGUUUCUCUCCACGGUUGCCUAAACCUGGCGAGACGAUAGUCGGGACUAGAUUUGAAAAGAAUUACGGCGGUAAAGGCGCCAACCAGUGCGUGACAGCUGCUAAACUUGGAGGAUCCACAGCACUUAUUGCUUCAUUAGGCUCUGACCCGUUCGCUCAAGAAUACUUAGAGAUUUUUAGAAAGGAAAAUGUGGACGCAUCUCGCGUGAAGAUACAAAGCGACAAGCACAGUGGCGUUGCUCACAUUGUCGUUGCUGAAAAUGGUGAGAACAGCAUCGUUAUCGUGUUGGGCGCAAACGAAUCGUUGACUCCGGAACAUGUGGAUUCCGCCGCUGACGUGAUCAAAAGCGCGAGCGUUUUGUUAUGUCAGUUCGAGGUGCCGUUGGAAAGCACGCUGCGCGCGUUGAAGUUACACCAGGGCCACGGACUUUCGAUUGUCAACGGGGCGCCCGCGCUGAAGAACCCUGACCCGGAAAUCCUCAAAUUAUGCGACAUUUUCUGCGUCAACGAGACGGAGGCGGAAGUUACGACGGGCAUUCACCCCGUAGACCUGUCGAAUGUGCAGCAAGUCGCGGACGAGCUCCUGGCCAAGGGAUGCAACGCGAUCAUCCUUACUCUCGGGCCGCUCGGAGCUGCGUAUGCGUCGAGAGCGAACAGAAACGUCACGCGGAUUUCUACUACCGAGGUCCACCCUGUAGAUACUACCGGUGCCGGGGAUGCAUUUUUGGGUGGGCUCGCAUAUUUCAAGGCGUAUCAUCCGGAGCUGCCGAUGGACGAGUGCAUCAGGAGAGCUUGCGUGGUUGCCACCAAGUCCAUUCUUAAAUUCGGCACACACGCGAGCUUCCCAACGAAAAACGAUCUGCCGGGAGAUUUAUUUGUAUAAACAAAAAGAGGCAGUUACCUCUCAAAAUGUGUUAUUUACGGAUUUGAUAUUUUAUCUCCUCUGUUACAUAUAUGUAUAUAUAGAUAUGCAUAUCUGAAAUGUGUUUUGUGAAAUCUUUUUAGAUUGAAUAAUUGCGGAAUAAAAGUAAAUACCGAAAG